AUGGAUACAACUGAUUUAACAACAUUACAUCAAAACAUUAGUUCACUUUAUCAAGCUACAAAUGAUUAUAGUGAAGUAUUAAAGAAUGGAUACUAUAAUAAUAGUUUCUAUCAGAAUGCUGUCAAUACAUUCUCUGAUAAUCAUCCUCUAAGUGAUUACAGUCAAGAGUUGUUGUCAUUGAUGGACUCUGCAUUCAGUGAUUGGAGAAGUAACCAACAACCAAACUUUGAUAGAGCCAAGCAAUAUGUAGAUAGAGUAGCUAUGGCAUCCAAGAGUAGACAUGGCACCACUGAUGUCGGUCAACUUGUCAAUGACAAGGUUGAACAAUUCGACAUCCCAUUAAUUAACAUUCAACUAUCAUUUAAUAGUUUAUUACAAUGUAUUACAAAUAUUCAUAUAAAUGCUUCUCAAAAGUUACAUCAAUCUAUCCCUCCGACCCCUACUCCUUCUACUCCUUUGGUUAAACCAUCAUCAUCAUCGUCUCAAAUUGGGUUUAAUAAACCAUCACCAAUGUUACCUACUAGACAACCUCAACUACCCCAACAACUAUCUCAACCAGCACCACCAAUUAAUAGAAAGUCAUUACCACCAAACCAAGUAGGUCUCCAACAGCCACUACGACCACAAUCACAAGCACCACAAUUAACAUCAAGAGCACCUCCACCAACACUGAAUAAUUCAAUUGUUAGACCAAACGAUCCCAAUGCAACAACAACCAAAGGUGAUUUAAAAAAGAAGGAUGGACCUGGGUGUUGGAGUUUAAAAAAGCCUGGACAAGGUGAUGAUCUAUCCAACAAACCAUCAGUACCUCAAUUAAACAAUGAUAUCAGUAGACCACCACCACCUCGUCCUGCGCCAUCAGCACCAACAACAUCAAAUGCCACUCCUCCUCCACGACCACCACCAAGUGUAAAUAGAUUAUCAAACCAAUUUAGUCAACAACAAAUACAAGACAAUAAUGGUGGUGAUGCACCAGCACCUCCACCACCAACAAGACAAAGAUCUUACACUCAAGGUAAUGUUGGUGGAUCUUCUUCUUCUUCUUCUUCCUCUUCUCCAUUUCAACUUCCUCCAUCCCCACCUUCAAGAACAACACCUCCUCCAUCAACCAAUGAUUCUUCACCACCACAACCACAACCACUAUCAUCAAUGUCAAGACCAAGACCAUUGUCAUCUCAAUUCUCACAACCUCCUGUACAACAACAACAACAACCACUCCAACCAAGACCUCAACCUUUACAACAACAACAACAACAAAAUAAUAAUAAUAUUCCAAUCAGAAAUAACAACAAUAGUGUGAUAAGACCAAAUAUGACUUUAAAGUCAUCUUCAACAGCAUUACCAACUUAUGUAUCAUUACAAGAAUUACAAAAUAAUUUAGAAAAACAUAGACAAUUAUGGGAUAAUAGAAAAUGGAAGAUAGUUAGAAAAUAUGAAAAGAGUGUAAGAAUGAUUGCUGAAGAAGUUAAAACGAUAGAACCUGGAAAUUUAAUGUUUAAACUUACCAUGUCAGUACCAGCCACUACAAUGAUUCAAACGGUUAGAUCUUCGUCGUACGAGUUGGUAGAUGUAAACUCUAAUUUACUAUCAACAGCUAAAAUCAUUGAAACUGGUUCGGGUCAUCAAGUCUAUCGAAUUGAAUAUCAACUUUCUCCCUCUAUUACACAUGUCAAAGCUGUUUAUACAACAGAGGUGGACAAUUAUUCGCUAGAUAUGGUUGAAGAUACUCAAAAUGACCAAUCUUAUGUCCCCGAAUCAUUGGAUCCCCAAUCCUUGGAAUACACCAAUACAUUGGAGAGUCGUGACCCAGUCAUAUUCGAUACACCAGAAUUCAAACAAUUUAUUGAUCGAGAACAACUGAAUCGCAAGCAAUUGCAAGAUGGAUCAUAUGAAAGUGACCUAUGUUUUAUGUAUCGUGUGUCAUUGUGGAUCUAUGCCAAUAUUCAAUACGAUGCUUCGUUUAAUGGUGCCAAACCUCUAGAGACUGUUGCUCGUGGUAGAGGUGAUUGUGGAUCACAUACCAAUCUAUUUGCUGCUAUUGCUCGGUAUCAUGGUAUUCCAGCAAGAACGGUUGUAUGUCGAUCCAACACAAACAAGAGUACAGCUUGGGGAACCUAUCAUGUAAAAAAUCAAUUCUACCUUUCUGGAAUUGGAUGGAUACCCUAUGACGGUGCCUACAAGGAUGGCAACCCAUUUCACAAGAGAGCAUUUGGCAAAGAUUCUUGUGAUUGGAUGAUUCUACAUAAUAAUUAUAUUUACGGAUACGAAGAUUUACAUGAUCAAAAAUCAUCAUUCUUUUGUCAACUUGCUUGGACAAUAUUUGGUGGUAAUGGUACUUGGAAAGAUUAUAAAUCAACACCAUCUCAUAGAAUUGAACCAAUUGAUCCUCCUCCCAAUACAUCUUCACCUACUCCAUCUAGAUUUUUAUCAACACCAACACCAUCAACAACAAUAUCAAAACCAUUUUCGUCUCAACCUUUAAAACCAAAUGUUAUUAAUAAUCAAAAUAAUAAUAAUAAUGGUGGUGGUGGUGGUGGUGGAACAAAAAUUAAGAUUUCUCCUUUUGGUGGUAUAUCUGGAAAUAUUUUAAGAAAUGUUGUUUCAAAUUCAAAUAAUAAUAAUACUAACAGUAAUAAUAAUAGUAGUAGUGGUAAUUCAUUAUCAAAAUAUAAAACAAAUUUACCACAAUAUAUAUCACUUGAUGAACUAAGAAAUAAUCUAGAGAAACAAAGACAAUUAUGGGAUAAUAAGAGAUGGAAGAUUAUAAGAAAAUAUGUAAAGAGUUGUAGAAUUACAAUGGAAUAUGGUAGAUCAUUUGCAAGUGGACAAGUUGGUAAAUGGACAUUCUAUAUGCCUGUACCAACAUCAUCGAUGAUUCAAACGGUCAGAGCAGCUUCGUAUGACUUGGUAGAUGAACAUUCAAAUAUUAUCGGAUCGAGUGAGGUGGUAGAGGCAAUCGAAUCAAAACAUCAAGUAUACAAGGCCACCUAUGAGCCAAGAGUCAAUGAAAAGGCUGCUUCGGCCAUCUCAUCAAUCUACACAAUCGAAGUUGAUUGCUAUGAAUUGGAGAUUCAAGAGAUUACAGAUGCAAACGAUCAUUCCUACGUACCAGAACAACUGGAUCCUCAAGAACGUGAAAACUCGCUACAAAGCCAAGGCAAGGUAAUAUUCGAUACUGCAGAGUUUAACGAGUUUAUCAAUAAUGAGAAACUGUAUCGUAUGACAUUGCAAGACGGUACUCAAGAGAGUGACCAUUGUCUAAUGUAUCGUGUUUCCCUUUGGGUAUUUGCAAACAUUACCUAUGAAUCUGGGUGUGGAGGACAAACCCCUCUAGAAACUUACAAGAACAAAAAAGGUGAUUGUGGAUCGCAUUCCAACCUCUUUGCAGCGAUUGGACGAUACCACAGUAUUCCAACUAGAAUCUUGGUUUGUCGUUCAAACAGUAACCAACAAACAGAUUGGGCUACACUACAUAUAAAGACACAGUUUUACUUACCAUCUAUAGGUUGGGUACCCUAUGAUGGUGCAUACAAAGAUAGAGGAGCAUUCCACAAAAAAGCGUUUGGCAAUGAAGAAUCCAAAUGGAUCGCUUUCCACCACAACCCCAUCAGAGGACAUGCAGGCAAGUCAAACCAACAAGGAAUUAGUUAUCAAAGCUGUUCAUUUGAAUAUAGUUAUAGCAGCUCUCAAGGAGGCUCACGACCUACUGACGUUUCAAAUUCAGUGUCUCACCACAUUGAAGAUAUCACAGGCCCUAUUUAA